GAUUCCGCCACUUAGGGUUCAUAGCAGCCAGAGACGAAAGGAGAAGGGAUCUAAAGCAUCGAAAGCAACAAUGGUGAAGUUCUUGAAGCAGAACAAGGCCGUGAUCCUUCUUCAAGGCCGUUACGCCGGUAAGAAAGCCGUCAUCGUCAAAUCCUUCGACGACGGUACCCGUGACCGUGGCUACGGACACUGCCUCGUCGCCGGACUCAAGAAGUACCCGAGCAAAGUCAUCCGCAAAGACUCAGCCAAGAAGACUGCCAAGAAAUCUAGGGUUAAGUGUUUCAUCAAGGUCGUUAACUACCAGCAUCUGAUGCCUACGCGUUACACGCUCGACGUGGAUCUCAAGGAAGUGGCCACUCUUGAUAACCUUCAGUCCAAGGAUAAGAAGGUUGCUGCUCUUAAGGAGGCCAAGGCUAAGCUUGAGGAGAGGUUCAAGACCGGCAAGAACAGAUGGUUCUUCACCAAGCUCAGGUUCUGAGAAGUUUCGUAUUUCGACAAGGACGUUUUUGAGCUUUUUGUUAUUGAAUCUUUAAAGCGUAAUUUUUAGUUUCUAGGGUUUCAUUUACUUUGGUGAAAAAUUGUGGAACCUGUUUUGGAUUGUGUAAGACGUUUUGUUGAAUUUUCUAUUAUGGAUUUUGUUUCUCUUAUGCGUUUUGAUUA